CUGCGUUCCUGCAGACACUCCAGCACGGCCAGGUUGUUGGUCCAGGUGUGUUUGGGGCAGAGGCGGCUCAGGUCCUCCCGGCAGGCCUCCUCCUCCGACAGCUUCCAGCCGCAUCUGAGGGGGACCGUACGCCGCCAUCUUCACACCACUGUCAAACUAGUCCUAAUGAGGCUGCUUCACUUCCGGUGGCGCAGGUUGGCAGGCGUAGAACUGGUCCGACAGCGUCUGAACAGAUCCACCAUGUGGUGAAUCCGCAGCCUGCUAGAUGCAGGCUUCAGCUCCAGUCAGGAUGGCAGAGAAAAAGAUGUCGACGAGCCGGAGGAAUCAGCUCAAGAGCUUGCUGCUGCAGAUCGGCGAGGCGAUGCUGGAGGAGGAGGCGCGGGAGGCCGAAAAGGAGAAGAUGAAGUACAUGGAGGAGAACUGCCCGGCCCUCUCCGUACCAGGCUGCACGCAGGAGCUCCAGGAGCUGUGCCGGAAACUUCACAAGCAGAUUGAUUUGGUGGACGAGGAGCGAUACGACAUGGACAUCAAAGCGGCAAAGUCCAACAAGGAGAUCGACGACCUGAAGCUGAUGGUUCAGGAUCUGAAGGGGAAGUUUAAGAAGCCCGCCCUGAAGAGGGUGCGGAUGUCAGCCGACGCCAUGCUGGCCGCUCUGCUGGGCUCCAAACAUAAAGUGUCCAUGGACCUGAGAGCCAACCUGAAGCAGGUCAAGAAGGAGGUGAAAGAGGAGGAGAAGCAAACGGGCAACUGGAGGAAGAACAUCGAGGACAAGGCCGGGAUGGACGGCAGGAAGAAGAUGUUCGAGACAGAGGCUUGAACAUCACUGCGUUGUUCCGCUGUCGGGUUUAGCGUCAGCAUCAUUCGUUUGUGUGUAAUCAUGUGAGUCCGCAUUGUUG